CACGCGUAUCAAUCAUGUUCCAAGUCGCACGGAUCCAGCCACCACCCCAGCCCCUCGAUGAGAUGGACGUCGAUUUCGGCGAGGGACCCAGCAACUCGGUCGUCGCGCCCGGAGAGGUCAUCGCCAGCGCAAAGGAGUACAUGCGUGGCCACGGCACAUAUGUCGACUCGGACUCGAUCGUCUCCUCCGUCGCCGGCACCGUGCAGCGCGUGAACAAGCUCAUCAGCGUCAAGCCGCUGCAGUCGCGCUACGUGCCCGAGGUGGGCGACCUGGUGAUCGGGCGCAUCGUCGACGUCGGCGCGCAACGGUGGCGCGUGGAAGCGAAUGCGCGGCAAGACGCCGUGCUCAUGCUCUCGUCCGUGAACCUGCCUGGCGGCGUGGUGCGGCGCAAGAUCGAGAGUGACGCGCUCAAGAUGCGCGAGUUCCUCGCGGAAGGAGAUCUCCUCGUCGCGGAAGUCCAAGCGUUUUUCGGGGACGGCGCCAUGUCCCUGCACACCCGCUCGCUCAAGUACGGCAAGCUGCGUAAUGGGCAGCUGGUGGUGAUUCCGCCGCGGCUCGUGCGCCGCCUCAAGUCGCACUUUGUGCACAUCCCCAAGCCGUGUGGGCCGAGCGGCGUGGAUGUUAUUGUGGGCAUGAACGGGUUCGUGUGGGUGUCGCUUGGGACGAGCGCGACGGCGCGCGAGGGCGGCGAGGGCUUCGACUCGGAGGGCGUGUACCGCAACGACAAUGAUCCCAUCUCUCCUGCUUCGCGGGAGGCUAUCACCGCCGUUGCGGACGUGAUUAGGACACUGGCGGCGCACGAUGUGCCCCUUGCAGACGCGUUGAUCAGCGAGGCGUACAACUGGGUGCAGGAGUCGGGGCUGGAGGCGCCCCUGAGUGAGGCGGACGGAGCGAGGCUGGUGGCGGACUUGGGACUCGUCUAGUUUUCUACAGUAUUGUACAGCAUGGAUUGUUGGGACACG